AUGAUAUACAUGAGCUGGUUCCAUACUUGGUCUCCGAGAAUUUUUUGUGUACUUUCGUUUAUUUUCAAUAUCUUGUUUUUAGUUCUUUUAAAGUUUAAAUCUCCUCGGUACAUUGGUGGAUAUCGGUAUCUUCUAAUGACUUUUGGAGUUUUCAAUUUGAUAACUUCAGUUACUGAAGCAGUAGUUUCAACGGCAAUCGAAGGAUUUAAUAAUUGUUUGAUUAUAUUUGUACCACAUGGUCUUUUAUUUGAAUAUCCGCUACUUGCUCAGAACCUUAUUUCAAUUCGAUGUGGAAUGUGUGCGUACACAUUUGCACUGCUUGCUGUUCAUUUUUUAUAUCGAUAUCUUGCAGUCUGCAGACCGCUUGCCAUUGCCCAUUUUUUCCGCCCAAAAACUAUUUUCCUCAAUUCCCUAUUUGUAAUGUGUUUUGGAAGUUCUUGGAUGCUCAUCGGUCACAUAACUAUGUGGCCUGAUGAUCACAUAUAUGAUCUAAUCGAUGAAAAGUUCAUACAAUUCCAUAACACAAGCAGUAGAGAUUUGGCAAUGAUUGUUGCAAAUUAUGAGUACCCCGUGUAUGACUGGUCAAAAAGUGGAAUUCUGGGAAUGCUCAUAGCCACAUUAAUCACCACUUCUAUUAUGAUCUCCUAUGUUUUCUUUGCUCAAAAAAUUCACCUGUCACUGAAAGCAUGCACAUUUUCUGGAGCAGUGAAAAGAUUACAUUCAAGUCUUCUCAAAUCUUUAAUUGCUCAAACUAUAAUUCCAUUGAUAAGUACAAUUAUUCCUUGCUUUGUCAUAUGGUUUCUUCCACUUGGUGGUGAUAAUUAUGGAGUAAUGCUGUCAACAUACUUUAUGCCACUACUCAGCGUGUACCCCGCAAUUGAUCCAGUUGUUAUCACUUGUUCAUUAUCAGAUUACAGAAAUUCUGCAUUGAAGACAUUGGGGUUCCAACGAGAAGAAAUCAGUACAUCUAAACAGCCAUAUUCCAAUAUAUUCACUGUAAUUCCCUCUCUAAACAAUAAUUAUAUUACCCCAAAUUAA